AUGUAUUUCAGAAUUGGGAAAAUCGAAGAGACAUCUUUGAUUCAUCCAGGAAGUGAUAGUUUCAUUGAUGAUUCCAGUUCGCUUCAAACUGGAACCUCUUUGACAUUUCAAGAGAGUCUUGAAAGUGGAAUAAUUAAUGUCGAUCAAUCAAAGGAUUUGUUUGAGAAAAUAAAAUUCAGAAGCAAUAAUACUGGGAAUCGAGUUUACAGAUAUCGUAAAAAGAAACCAUUUCUCAAUGGGAAUUUUAGUGCUCCAGCUGGAGUGAAUCCCUAUCACGUUGCUUCUUCCAGUGCAAGAAAAUUUGCAGGUCCUCCUAGACUCAUCUUCAUUUGGCCCCAAAAGGCUCCGAAGCGCGGCAAAUUAUCGCGAAUUCUCGCACCACUGAUGCAUGGUAUUUUAAUUAGUUUAAUAUUCAUGGAUACAAUUCACAUGUGGCCAGGAGAAUUUUUGCCCAAAUCUUUACCGUCGAUAAUUCCACUUCCAAAAGCUCCGAUCAAAUGCAACAUUAUCGAACCACGAUGGUUUGAUAAGGAUUAAUUUUU